AUGAUUAGAGAAAGGAUCAAGACAGCUCAAUCUAGGCAAAAGAGCUAUGCAGAUAAUAGAAGAAAACCUCUGGAGUUUGAUGUGGGAGAUGAGGUUAUUCUAAAAAUUUCACCAGUCAAAGGUGUAAGAAGUGAUGUAGAUCAAGCUGUCAAAAAGAGAAUCAAUGCUGGCCCAAUUCUGGUUCAGGUUGGCCCAAUGGCUUAUAGACUAGCACUACCCCCAGAGUUGGAAAGAUUUCACAAUGUCUUCUAUGUGUCAAUGCUGAAAAAGUAUGUUCCAGAUCCUUCACAUAUUUUGACUACAACAUCAUCAUUGGACCUAGACAGUGAUCUGAAUUAUGAAGAACCUGAAGCAAUCUUUGACAGGAAAGAGCAUCGGCUUCGCAAUCGUAUUAUCUCUUAUGUAAAGGUAAAAUGGAAGAAUCACCCAGAGCAAGAAGCAUCCUGGGAACGGGAGGAUGAAAUGAAGGAGAAGUAUCGAUAA